UCCCCCAAUCCCCCAGACACACCAACGAACGGCUGUUGGGUCAGGGGAAUCAGUGAAACUCAUGGCGCUUCCUGUAAAGCACCAUGGCUUACAGCAGGGAGCUGCAUAUCUGUCAUCACCCUAGAUGUUUCAAUCUGAGCAGCACCUGUUCCCCCUUCCCCCUCUGAAGAUUAGAUGGAUUUUGGGAAAGUUUAAACACAACCUGUCCCCCCCUUCCACCCACUUUUUAAAGCCAUUAAAAGGAAGCUUAUCCAGACUCCUGCUAGCAUAAGUGGAACAGGUUUUCCAAAUACAGCACAGCAAUAGACAAGAAAGAAAAUGCACCAAAAGGCAGGGAAAAAUCUGGCGCCUAGAUGACUAUGAAGUGUAUACAACAAACAGAGAAUUGAGACACUUCGAUUAGUACGGAACAGCAGUACUCUCCACCCUGAGUGAAAUGAUACAAUGGAAAAAUUAGGAGUCAAGGAAUUUCCCUACACUCUUGUCUUUCCUUAGAUUGAUUCCUAUCUGCCCUAAUUGUUAUCUCUGUAGUUCACAUUUGUUUUUCUUUUCUUAGCCUAUUUCCUUUCCUUGUUUUUAAAGAAUGGGUUAUCUGUGCACUCCAGAAGGGUGUUACUCACAAAGAUCACAAGCUUUUAGAUCACGCACAAACAUUGGCAUGCUGACUAACAAAGCAAAAUAUGCUGAGGCUUUAAAACUCAAGUGCCACAUGGCAUUUGUACAGCAGCAGUAACUUUAUCCAGUGACGUACAUUGUCACAGUUCUACUGGAUCCCAGAAUUUGUGCUUCUGUGAUCAGCCGGCAAUUUUGCAAUGGAUGAAAGUACAGACCCUACUAUGGUGAUGACAGUGCAUCUCCUCGCCAACUGUGGACAUUCAUUGUUUUUGCAGCAAACCCUUGAUCAACUUUUGGAAUGGAUCUGCCCUGAUGUUCGCCUUUUCCUUGUAUCAGAGCGUGUUACUCCAAUUAAAUAUUAUGAGAAAUACCGCAAGAAAAGCUCUGGAUUUCCAGGGAUAUCUGUUCUCCUUUUCCUGCAUGAGGCCUUUGGGGAAGAACGGAUUUUUCAGGUCCAUGAUUUCUUUCAGCACCCACCAUGGCAGUAUUAUCACACACAAAAUACUAAUGGAAAACUUUACCCCUAUGCACCAGCUAAUCAGGAUUUCUAUGGUCUGGAUGACCACAUGCCUGUGUGGGGUGUCAGGCAAGUUCAUUAUGGCACUGAAAUUCUGCGUGUUACCCUGUACUGUAGCUUUGAUAACUACGAAGAUGCAGUAAGAUUAUAUGAGAUGAUCCUGCAGAAGGAAGCAACAAUGCAGAAAAGUAACUUUUGUCUCUUUGCCCUUUACACAACAAAACACACUGCUUUUCAGCUCUGUCUGAAGCAGCUGCCUCUUGGGAUAUCUGUUGAGCUGAAAGAAUCUUCAGUGCUGCAAUUCAAGGUGCAAGAAAUAGGACAGCUAGUACCUCUUUUGCCUCAUCCAUGUAUUCCUAUCAGCAGCACCAGAUGGCAAACUCAGGACUAUGAAGGAAACAAAAUCCUGCUUCAGGUUCAGAGCCACUCAAAGCACAAUGAAAAAAACGGUGUGCUUUCCAGUCGGCACAACCAUGCGGGGGGUGAAAAGACCCUACCUAAUUUCACCCCAGACUGGAGAGUGAAUCUGGAGCACAGAAGGCAGAGGGUCAGAACUAUGAAGUGCAAGACCAAAUCUGAACAGAGGAAAAGUUUUGCAUGCGAGAACUCCAGCAGCACCCCCCAAAGUCAUUCCUGCUCUUCAUCCCACUCCAGCAGCCCACCAGUUACUGUACAGCAGGAAGCUGCCUCAUCCUAUGUAAACUCGGGCACAAGACUGAAAAUUUCCUGCCGCGAAAAUUGGUUUCAAAGGCAAGAAGCAGAGAUGAAUGUGGAUACAGGAUUUACUGUAGUCAAUUCUGAAUGCAGCCUCUCCCCUCUGAGCUGGUUUUCAAGGGACUUGCAGGGCAGCCUUCUUCAACCACGAGCUGCAAACUGUCCAUUAGGUGCUGCCGGCUCCUCCGAGGAGAGAACCCAUCGGUCAUUAUUCUCGGCCAAAAGGAACCAUGCAGCGGGACCACAACCUUCAAACUUGCAUGGGAGGCUCUCAAGGGCAAACCAUAGCAAUGGAAAUGAAGAGGAAGAAGAAUUCUUUAUAUGACUUGAACCAUGUGUGCCUGACAGCCUGACUGCUAAAUGCUUUCUUUUGGAAAUGGAAAGGAAGUAUCCAGCAAGCUGUGUCACUCUGUGCUUCUUCAGAUACCCCAGGUGCCUAAACUACCUUUUUGUAUUCUGAAAAGAGACUUUAGUGGCAUUCUAUGGCAUUGGAGUGAUAUUUGUUUGCAAAAAGCGAUACUAAGGGAGCCAGGAGCGAAAUCAAAGAAAUAUAAUCAUGUAGUUACCAAGACUGCUUAUUCUUAGUGCAGAAUAUAUAGGAGGGUUAUUGUGCAAUGAAUGGGAAUAAGCCAUGUGAGUCUUAUUACUGUGUUUAAAAGUUAAUGUGUCCUAGCAUAUGUUAUAUUUGAGUUUUCUGUCUCUGUGAGUCGCAGCCAGUAGAUGGCAGAAUAAUUGUGCCUCUUAAGAUGUCAGUGUUGCAGCUUGCAUAAGAGGAUUAAUAGGUGGCAGCAUAGUCACAACACCUGAGGAAUCUUGCAACACCCUUCUACCCCUUGGUUUCUUCUCAUUUCCCCUGUCAUUCAGACUUGAAUGCUAUGAGUGUGAUCAAUUAUAUGCAAGUAAAACACUAAAGCAUGCACAGAAGUGUCUCUCUCACACACAGCUCCUUUUCAAAUAUUUGAAAAAAAGCUGUCUAUAGAGACCUUCUACGCAUGCCGACACCGUAUAAAAAGCACUUAAAAUCAAUAGCUUUAAUCAUGUUUUCUCCCUAAUCAGCACAUUCUCUCCCCCACCCCCAGAGUAGUUAAUAAAAACAAGAACAGUUUGCACAGUCUUUGUUAGACCUCUGCACGGUUAUCAGCAGGGUGGAAAUCCUAAGAGGAUUUUAAAGUGCAGGAUACAAAAGAAGCAAGAGCUAUAAAUCCAGAGGAAGCUGCCAGAAUAGUAAAGGAUAAACAUUUCAGGAAAAAAAUAAGUCAUGAAAAAUAAAGCACAUGUCUAAAUAUAUCCAAACUUGCUCAAAAAGUCCACCUACCUAAAUACAGUUGGAUUCCAUAAACUAGAAGGGAGAUAUGUGAGAGAGGAUAUAAUUGAGGUGUCAAACUAUGAAGGGUGAAGUAAAAUGUGAGGAGCUCUUUUAACCUACAAAACCAGCCACAAGUGAACAGUGCUAAAAGACUGUACAUACAGAGUCAAGAUUAAGGAGACAGUACCUUUUUGAAAGCACCUGCCCUGCUGGCUGAUUGACCAUCAUUGAUGUAUAGCAGAGGCUGCAUUUGGAUAGGUUUCGAUUUCUCUCACCUUUACUUGUACUGAGGAGGUACAGAGUAGAGAGGGAAAGGACAGUGCUGCACUUUACAUUUAAUCACUGGAGCCUAUCCAGUGACUGGCUCACAUCUACAUGCUUUCCUUUGCCUUUUUUAUUUAUUUGCCCUGUCUGUAAGCCUAGGCAACCAUAAGCCCAUUUUAGGUCUUGUUCAGGGCUUAUGUUAUACUUGAAUGUCCAGAGACCCCAAAAUAGUCCCCAAAAUGAAAGCACUGCUUGCUGUGAAGAAAUAGGGGCUUGCUCAGUUUUGCAAGAAAUUUGGUUUUGCUUGGAGAAAUCUAAUUCUUUCCCACCACCAUUUCCCAUUACUGUCCGUUGAAUAAAAUUACAGAGGGUGCUUACCUUUAGACCUUAAAGUGUGAGUCUUCUCUGAAAAGUAACUGUGAUAACAGCAUCCUCUGUCUCAGCUAGUCAGGUCCUUGUCAGAACCACAGUUUUUCAUUUUAGCGAUAUGAAACAUGACGAGGCAGUUCAUAUAUUAGACUGCAAUUAUCUUGUUUCUUUGUAUUUUUUUCUCUUUAUAGGGUUAAAGUGCUGAGUUUUGAGAGGUGUUAAGCUCCCACCACCUGUCCCUCAAAUUACUGGGACCUGUGGGUUUGCAGCACCUUCUCUGGCUCAGGCCUAACAUGACCAAGAUGGCAUCAAGUGAGCAGUAUUGCUGCCAUUGAAGAAGUGUGUGAGUGCAAGGAAGGUCCAUUCCAAUGCACUGAAAAUAAAGUGUGCUCCAAGCAUUAUUUUUAUGUGCCACAUUUUCCCAUGUUGUGCCAUCUCUCCUGAGAGUAGACUCUUAUCUUAUUUUGUCCUAUACAAAGGAAACCAUCCAGCAUGGUUCUGCUUACAGAUAUAGAUGUAUCUCCUGUUUUAUACUGAAAACAUGAAACUGUUGCUUUUAUUUUUAAAGUUUAAUUCCAUGUUCUGUGAAUUUUUAAUUGCUUGCAAUAAAAUAUAAUAUGGCAAUUUA